AGAGAAAGUCCUAAAAAUAAUUAUAGAAACUACAAUCAAUUUAUACCCUUCAAAAACAGAAUGAUUUUUCUUUUAAAAAUCAUCCUGCGAGAUAGAAAACUUACCAUAAUUGAAGAACAACACAUAUACAUAUAUUAAAACAUACAUGUAAAUGUUACAAAAACAAUGUAGCAGAGAUCUUGCCAUACAGUUGCUAAUGAGCUACUUAGAAAUUUAAUGAGCUUUAACUUAACCAACGCGGACAUGCUACUUCUGACACCUUCAUCCACAGUCCGGAUCUUGAGUUGUGUAUCUGCGUGAGUGUGUGCCUCUGAAAUGCUACACCAGCCCUUACAGCUGGGCCGCAUCUGCAACGCUGCUCUUUCCUCAAGCGUAAAAUUAGCCAGCAAACUCUUAAACAUGGAGUCAUUCUUGACCGCUUCGUUUUAAGAUAAUAGAAGUUACAUUUAUUUGUUUGGUUCUGUAUUUUAAUGCAUCUUUAUUAAAAUGAAACUCAUCUCUUCAACUUUCAGGGGGCCCGUGCAUAUGUAUAUCUGGGGGACUUAACUAUAUAUGCAAUCAAUAAAGACUUAAUAAUCAAUACAAAUUCUUGGACACAAAAUGUGAAUGGCUAAAGCUAAAAAUCUCGAUGUUUUACAAUUAAAGUACAAAAAACCCUGAUGUAAGCAAAGUAAGAUCUAAAGUAAAGCAAGAGUUUCUUCACAUGAAUGUUUAUUGAUGAUAAUUCCCUCUUGUAAUGACCGUCACACUGUUGAACUGAGUGAGAAACCACCCCUCCACACAGAUGUGGGAAACACAGUAGGGGUGUUGGGUUUGGGUGGGGAUCUGGGUGGUGAAGAAGGGGGGGGUCGCUGAGCCCUGCAUUGGCCAAUGGGGCAUGGUCAUUAGGGCUGACCAGUGUGGGCCCCGGAAUAUAAGAAGGGCCGUAUGGCACCAGAGAAACCACAACAGUCAGAGGUCGCCCCCUCACAGAUCUCCUAAAACCACAAAAAUCUAAUCAGUCAUGGACGUAUUCUCUACAUCCCAGAUCUUCUACGAUAGCACUUGCGCCUCGUCGCCUGAAGCUUUGGAGUUCGGCCCCGGAGGGGAACUGGCCGGGUCUGAAGAGGACGAGCACGUCCGGGCCCCCGGGGCCCCGCACCAGCCAGGUCAUUGUCUGCAAUGGGCCUGCAAAGCUUGUAAGCGCAAAGCCAGCACGGUGGACCGCCGGAGAGCCGCCACUAUGAGGGAGCGCCGCAGGCUGAAGAAGGUGAACCAUGCGUUUGAGGCACUACGGCGCUGCACCUCGGCGAACCCCAGUCAGCGUCUUCCCAAGGUGGAGAUCCUGAGGAACGCCAUCCAGUACAUCGAAAGCCUUCAGGAGCUCCUCAGGGAACAGGUGGAGAACUACUACAGCUUGCCUAUGGAAAGCAGCUCUGAGCCGGCCAGCCCCUCCUCAAGCUGUUCUGAAAGCAUGGUUGACUGCAAUAGUCCUGUAUGGCCUCAUAUGAAUCCAAACUUUGGGAACAACUACAACUUUGAAGCACAAAAUGCUGGCGCUGUGGACAGAGCUCCAGGAGCAUCCAGUUUGCAAUGUCUGUCCAGCAUUGUGGACAGGCUGUCUUCUGUAGAUACAGGAGUUGCAAUGGGAAUGAGGAACAUGGUUACUCUCUCUCCAACUGGAAGUGAUUCCCAGUGCAGUUCUCCAGACAGUCCCAGCAACAGACCAGUCUACCACGUCCUGUGAGACGGAGCGAGACACCCCAGCCUGGAUAUCUGCUUCCACAGAACGCUCUGCAGAAUCUGAAUGCCUGCCAUUCACAUUGCAUGUUCAUUUAUGAAGUAUUUUGGAUGAUUUGAUAAUGCUUUCAGAUACCAAUAAGAAUGUAGUAAUUGCAAACCUCCAUACAGCACAAUGACAAAGAUUUGCCCUCAAAAUCAUGGCUAAAAAUGCAAAACAAAUCUUUAGUUCUGUCUAGGCUUGGUUAUAAUAUGUGGUCAUGCUUUUAAAAAGCCGUACAAUGGAUCUUUUCACCAUGUUGACUGGCUGUACAGCUGAACUACAUUGAAAUUGGUUUUAUUUAUCAAUAAUAAUCGUUGAGGUACUUAGUAAAUGCUGUUUUGUAAUAUUAGCCAACUUAAUGUUAUC